AGGAGACGCGCCGCCGGGCUGGGCUGCCCCGGGCAGGGGAGAUGACUCCUCGCUGGGAGGGCGCCUCUGGGAAGAAGACCGCGGGCGAAGCAAAGUUGCAGGGCAGCUGAGGAGCUUGGCCGCAGCCCUUCCAGCCCGCUCACCCCAGGCUAUGGAGGGCCGACUCUAAAAUGAAUCCCGAUCUGGACACCGGCCACAACACAUCAGCACCUGCCCACUGGGGCGAGUUGAAAAAUGCCAACUUCACUGGCCCCAACCAGACCUCGAGCAACUCCACACUGCCCCAGCUGGACAUCAGCAGGGCCAUCUCCGUGGGCCUGGUGCUGGGCGCCUUCAUCCUCUUUGCCAUCGUGGGCAACAUCGUCGUCAUCUUGUCGGUGGCCUGCAACCGUCACCUGCGGACGCCCACCAACUACUUCAUCGUCAACCUGGCCAUUGCCGACCUGCUGCUGAGCUUCACCGUGCUGCCCUUCUCGGCCGCCCUGGAGGUGCUCGGCUACUGGGUGCUGGGACGGAUCUUCUGUGACAUCUGGGCUGCCGUGGAUGUCCUGUGCUGCACAGCCUCCAUUCUGAGCCUGUGUGCCAUCUCCAUUGAUCGCUACAUUGGGGUGCGCUAUUCCCUGCAGUACCCCACGCUGGUCACCCGGAGGAAGGCCAUCUUGGCUCUCCUCAGUGUCUGGGUCUUGUCCACGGUCAUCUCCAUCGGCCCCCUCCUUGGGUGGAAGGAGCCAGCGCCCAACGAUGACAAGGAAUGUGGGGUCACUGAAGAACCCUUCUAUGCCCUCUUCUCUUCCCUGGGCUCCUUCUACAUCCCUCUGGCGGUCAUUCUGGUCAUGUACUGUCGCGUCUACAUCGUUGCCAAGAGGACCACCAAGAACCUGGAGGCCGGUGUCAUGAAAGAGAUGUCCAACUCCAAGGAGCUGACUCUGAGGAUCCACUCCAAGAACUUUCAUGAGGACACCCUCAGCAGUACCAAGGCCAAGGGCCACAACCCCAGGAGUUCCAUAGCUGUCAAACUUUUUAAGUUCUCCAGGGAAAAGAAAGCAGCCAAAACCUUGGGCAUUGUGGUCGGUAUGUUCAUCUUGUGCUGGCUACCCUUCUUCAUCGCUCUACCACUUGGCUCCCUGUUCUCCACCCUGAAGCCCCCCGACGCCGUGUUCAAGGUGGUGUUCUGGCUGGGCUACUUCAACAGCUGCCUCAACCCCAUCAUCUACCCGUGCUCCAGCAAGGAGUUCAAGCGCGCCUUCGUGCGCAUCCUCGGGUGCCAGUGCCGCGGCCGCCGCCGCCGCCGCCGUCGCCGUCGCCGUCGCCUGGGCGGCUGCGCCUACACCUACCGGCCGUGGACGCGCGGCGGCUCGCUGGAGCGCUCGCAGUCGCGCAAGGACUCGCUGGACGACAGCGGCAGCUGCCUGAGCGGCAGCCAGCGGACCCUGCCCUCGGCCUCGCCGAGCCCGGGCUACCUGGGCCGCGGCGCGGCGCCGUCCGUCGAGCUGUGCGCCUUCCCCGAGUGGAAGGCGCCCGGCGCGCUCCUGAGCCUGCCCGCCUCCGAGCCCCCCGGCCGUCGCGGCCGCCACGACUCGGGCCCGCUCUUCACCUUCAAGCUCCUGGCGGAGCCCCAGAGCCCCGGGGACGACGGCGGCGCCAGCAACGGCGGCUGCGAGGCCGCGACCGACGUGGCCAACGGGCAGCCGGGCUUCAAAACCAACAUGCCCCUGGCGCCCGCGCAGUUUUAG